CGGAGCCGGGGCUGCCGGGGCUGCGGGCGCCAUGUCGGGCCGCUCGGUGCGCGCCGAGACCCGCAGCCGCGCCAAGGAUGACAUCAAAAAAGUGAUGGCGGCCAUCGAGCGCGUCCGCAGAUGGGAGAAGAAGUGGGUGACGGUAGGCGACACUUCCCUGCGGAUAUUCAAGUGGGUGCCGGUGGCGGACAGCAAGGAGAAAGAGAAAUCCAAAUCAAGUAGCAGCACUGCCCGAGAACCCAAUGGCUUCCCAGCCGACACCUCUGCCAACUCCUCUCUUCUCCUGGAGUUCCAAGGUGCUGUUUCUGCAGAUGAGAACAGCAACCAGAGCUCCCUGUCGGAUGUCUACCAGCUCAAGGUGGACAGCAGCCCCAACUCCAGCCCCAGUCCCCAGCAGAGCGAGUCCAUGAGUCCUGCCCACACGUCUGACUUCCGCACGGACGACUCGCAGCCACCCACCCUGGGGCAGGAGACGCUGGAAGAGCCCUCCCUGCCUUCCUCAGAAGUUGCAGACGAGCCUCCCACUCUCACAAAGGAAGAGCCAGUGCCCCUUGAGACUCAGGUAACUGAAGAGGAGGAGGACUCUGGUGCGCCGCCUCUGAAGAGAUUUUGUGCCGAUCAGAACUCUGUGUGCCACACGGCCUCGGAGAGCUAGCCUGCCCACCCCUGGGGAGAGCGCCUUCGCCAGCCCCUCGCAGAGCUGCCUGCCCUCCCCUGGGGGACGGGGAGCUUCCCUCCAGCCCGCCCCUUCCCCAGGGACGGGUGCUCCCACCACUCGCCAUCCAGCUGCCCUGCCCUGCCCUGCUCUCCAGGGCAGGAGCCUCCCGCCAGCCCCGGCCGAGACAGCCUGCGCUCCCCCGGGGCGGAUGGGGCUGCCACCAGAACCUGCAAAUUUUGCCUCUAUUUAUUGGCUCCCUCUCUCCCUGCUGACCUGUUCUGUAGCAUGAGGGUCUCCGGUGGGCGGGCGGGCCGUCUGCCUGCGCGGGGGGAGUUGUCUGCAGGACUCCCUGCUCUCCCUGGCGCCCGGGGCACUGGCAGGAGCCGUUUGCCUGCUUCGGGCCCGCCUGCCCACCCUCCCGGGAGAGCCGCCUUCCACCUGCGAAGUGAUCUGUCCGCUCCCUCCCUUGAGAGCGCCGGCAGGAGGUGGGAGGCGGGGAGAGGCCGAGUCCUGCCCAGCCGCGGCAGGGAUCCGCUGGGACGCUGUGCAAUAAGCUGCUAGUUCAAGCCAUUGGUGUUGGGAGAGCCGGGAGCGCCCCCCCCAAAGGAGGGCAGGUGC